AUGCCGUACAAGUUUGUCAGCACACAGAUUCGACUGGAGAACGGUCCAACAAAUGUGGGGGAUGAAUUUUCGGAUCCAGUGGUCAUGAAUUACCUGGGAGCGAGGAAAACAACUAUGCUGGGGAACAAUUUUUCCGAGUAUCACGUGGAUGACCCGCCUCGCCUGGUGCUGGACAAGCUGGAGAAGAUCGGCUUCCGUGUGGUGUCCAUGACAGGUGUGGGACAGACACUGAUGUGGUGCCUUCACAAGGAGAUGGAGUGA